AUGUAUGCCCAGGGCUGGGUUAUGGAAGGGAUUCCUGGCACCCGAGAACUUGCACGAGCCCUGCAGGAAAAGGGGAUUAUUCCCAGGCAUGUUGUGGUGCUCUACGCAGCAGACACUGUGCUGAUUGAGAGAAAUCUUGGGAAAAGAGUGGACAUCUACACUGGAGAGGUGUACCAUACAACCUUUGAUUGGCCAAGUGACGAGGCCGUACAGAAGCACCUGAAGGCACCGGAAGGAAUAUCCGAAGUGGAGACCACAAGGCGGCUCCUGGAGUACCACCGGAACUUCCCGGGAAUUCUCCAGUCCUUUGAGAAACCAAUGAAACUGAUCAAUGCUGACCAGCCGUGUGCAGAUGUCUUCUCCCAGGUUCUGAGCCACGUCCAAGCUCCACCUCGAACACCCGCCCCGUUUUCUCCUCGGAUUCUCCUUUGUGGGCCUCCAGGCUGUGGGAAAAGCCUUCAGGCAGCAUUACUCUCUCAGAAGUACGGUAUCAUCAAUGUUUGCUGCGGGCAAUUGCUAAAGGAAGCUGUAGCCAACGAGACAAAACUCGGAGAACUCAUUAAGCCCUCUCUUGACGACGGAUGGCCAGUCGCAGACAACGUGGUCAUCAAGGUCCUGUUGGAUCGGCUGAACAGGCUGGACUGCCACCUCCGAGGCUGGGUGCUGCACGGCUUCCCGAGGGACGAGGACCAGGCGAGGCUGAUGAGGAAUGUGGGAAUCGUUCCCAACAGGGUGUUUGUCCUGAAUCUCACGAUGGAGUCGAUUUUGGAGCGUCUGACUUACCGUGCGGUUGACCCGGUUACUGGGGAAAGGUACCACACCCUGUAUAAGCCGGCACCUUCCAAGAAAGCCCACAAGCGCCUCCUGACGAACCCAAAGGAUCUCGAAGAGCACGUGAGGACUAAGGUCGAAAUGUACUUCAGGCUUUCCAGCGGCACGGAGGAGCUGUUUGAAGAUGCUGUGUCUAUCAACGCUGACCAAGACCCCCAGACCGUCUUUGAGUAUAUAGAGAGCUAUAUUGUCAAUCCGCUGCCAACCGACCCGACCUGGAAACCAAGAAAACAGUGCACAUGCUAGCUCUGGCCCCGUGGUCAGCUGAAGGUCCCCAAAGAAGCUUGUAGGUCAAAACUUCACAUCAUAAAAUUUAAUGUACUCUAAAUUUGGGGGGGAAACAAACA